AUGUUUGGGCUAAGGCGAGGAAUCGCAGCAUUGCAGCGACAGACUGGAGGGGGUUUCUCCUCCAGCAAUAAUGCCCUCAUUAAGAACCCUGCCAGCAGACCAAAAUCGACACAACGCAAUUGGUCAUCGUUUCCUGGGAAAAAUAAAAAUAAGGAUGAUAUGGGUGGUCCUGGCGGACAGGAGCAUUUUCCCGAAAGCACGGCUUUGAGAAGAAAAUUCAGGAUGACUACCAUGUACGGAGUCUUAGCAGCCUGCGUUAUUCUUGCCGGAACAAGAAUGGUUAGGCGAUAUGCGAACCCAACCGCGGGAUAUGUUCUGGUACACGACUCGUCCAAGGGAGAGUUGGACGAUGUAAAGUAUAUCAAGGAAUCUGAGCUUCCACGAAAGUGA